UCUUAAGUGAAUAUUUAAAUCACCAAAACAUUAUCAUAAAAAGCCAUAGGCUAUUUCUAACAUUCCGCCUAUUUAUGUUGGAGAGUUGUAUAGUGUUUACGUACUACGCCAUUGUUGUUACAUGGUAAGACACCGCCAUGGUUAUAAUAGCAGUGGAUGGAAAACAGGUUCACUGACAACCAAUGGUAGAGCUUGGUAACGUACCCCUGUUAGAGAGGGGAUGGUCUCUACUUGUUAUCGUCAAUAUCGAACCACAGGAUUUUCAAUCAUAACACGUUCGAUCUUUCUUGUGAGUCGUGAGAAUUUUUAUUUAUUAAAUUGCGAGUGCUAUUUUCCAGAAGUCUUCGUCACGAAACUAUUGACCAUGUCUAAACUACCUGAAGUUAAAAAUUAUGUAAAAGCCAUAAAUGAUUGUAAAUCAUUUAAGCUCCGCCAGCAAAUUUUAAGUGAAAUGUUGGAUUAUGUAUCUAUUGAAAAUCCAGAUGCUUUUCUACAAAUAUUUCGAGAAAUGAAAAAACGAGAACUAGAUGCCAAUGAUCCUAACAAAAUAUCAAAAUGGCUUUCCAGUUCAAAUGUAAAAUUUCAUUCUAAAUUGUAUGAAUCACUAAUGUUAGUCAAGAGCAAUAAUAUUCUUGCUCAAGAAGAAUAUUUGGGUAGCUUGAAACAAAUGUUAAGUCAUACAUUAUCUACUGGAGAUAAACUUGACGAAUGUUUGAAAAUUUGUAGCUUAAUUGAGAAGUUAUCAUCAUUAAGCAAAAUUCAUGAGCCUUUGAGACAUCUUAUAAACAGAGUGAAACAAAUGAAAGACAAUAGUUAUUUUAAUUCAGAACCUAAUUUAAAAAAUAUUUGGGUGAAUAAUUUUAUACAGAAACCCAUUCUUGGCAAAUUACAGAAUAAGAUCGAUCAUCAUACAUCUCAAAUUUGGCCAACAUUGAUACAAUCAUCAUGCAUAAAAACUCCUACUCUUUAUAAUAACUAUUGUUAUUUAAAUUUGGAGUGUUCAGGCACACAUUGUACUGAGGUCGAUUUAAUACAAGCAAUGUCCAAUUUGACCAUAAUUGAACAAGAUAUGAAUGAAGUAAUUUCUAAAUGGCUCCAUUACUUAAAACUACAUAAGUAUCAAUGGUUUUUUGAAAACUUAAGCUACUUAGAAAUUCAAUGCAUUGAUGAAGACACAAUUGAAUCAUUUAUUGCCAAAGUUAACCAAAAUUCUAUAACAAAAGGUGCUCAAAAGAAAAUUUGUAUAUCGACCAAAGCUCUUCGAGAUAGACCUCAAAAAUUGAAAGACUUGAUUUUAGCUUAUGACUUGGAUGUUUCAGCAACAGAAAUGAGCGAUCAUCUGUUGUACAUGCGAGAUAUUCUUCACUACCCUAUUCCAAACAAAAAUUGUGUUGUAGGAGAAGAAAUUCAGGAAGAUAUCAUUCUAGUAAUGGAGAAAAUGUUAAAUUGUUUGCUAGAAACAUUGCGAUUCACAAAAACUUUAAUUUCACAAAGUUUGACUGGAACCUCCAUUAACAAGUACCUUGAAUGCUGUUUGUUAAUAUCUAGUAAUGCUACAUUUAAGGGUAGUCAAGUUGAAAAAAUUAAUUUUUUUUCAAAAUCUUUGAAAACUAAAGUACUUCAAACUCAAAGAAAUUUUCAUGUAUAAAAAAAUAAUUGUAAUAAUUAUUGGAUUUUUUUUUUAUGAAUUUUUUUUUUUUAGAACAUGUACAACUUUAAUAUUGUGAAUAAUUUUUUAUGAGAUAUGAUUAAUAGUUUAUUAAGUUAUUAUUGCAUUUUAAGUC